AUGGUUGAACGUAAUCACGCCACGAAGCAUAGGCUGAUCAGCUGGAUGCCACUUAGUUUUGGGAAAGUUCCAUUUUUACGUAAGAUAUUGAGAGGAUUGUCGCUGGCACAUCAAGUGAGUCCUGUAGAAGAGGAUACGAUAUCCGAUCAGGCGUAUCGAGUGGAUACUGAUAUUAAAUCUUCUAUUCAAGGUGGUUGUACGAUUAGUGAGGGGGAGGCUGUUUUGGAUUCAUCGCAUAUUAAGAACCACAAUGAUGUGGAGGAUCUCCAUUCUGUGGAUAAUCCGAAUGUUUUAACCGUGCAUUCUAAUAGGAUGUCAUUUGUAGUUGGUAUUUUUGUUGCAACGGGAGGUUUUCUAUACGGGUAUGACACGGGACUUAUUAAUAGUAUUACGGAAAUGGAUUAUGUUAAGACGCACUUUUCUACGCAUGCUGGUCAAUUUACAGCGAGAGAGAUGUCGAUUUUAGUAUCCUUUUUGUCUUUGGGGACAUUCUUUGGAGCUCUUGGCGCACCGCUACUUGCCGACACUUAUGGUAGAAAAUCAACGAUAAUAUUUAGCACUUUUUUCGUUUUUACUGUGGGGACUGCAUUGCAGGUUGCUGCUCAUGAGUUGAAGUUGCUAGUUAUUGGUAGGGUAUGCUCUGGUGUAGCGGUUGGACUUAUUUCCGCUGCUGUUCCCCUAUAUCAAGGAGAAACGGUUUGCAAAUGGUUACGUGGUGGUAUUAUUUGUACUUAUCAGUGGGCAAUAACCUGGGGGCUUCUUCUUUCUAGCGCAGUUUCUCAAGGAACACAUUUCAGGAAUGAUUCUUCAUCAUAUAGAAUUCCAAUCGCGUUGCAAUUUGUAUGGUGUUUCUUUCUUGGGACCGGUAUGCUACUUUUACCUGAAAGCCCAAGGUAUUAUGUUUUAAAAGAUCAGUUAGACAAGGCUGCCAAAUCACUGGCAUUCUUAAGAAGCGUUCCAGAGGAUGAUCCUGGAUUGUUAGAAGAGCUGGUAGAAAUAAAGGCAAAUUAUGACUAUGAAAUGUCACUAGGGUCAUUCUCGUAUUUGGAUUGCUUCAAGACAAGUAAAAGCCGUUCAAAGCAGCAAUUAAGGAUGCUAACUGGUAUCCUAAUACAAGCGUUUCAGCAGCUAUCGGGCAUUAAUUUCAUUUUUUAUUAUGGAGUUAAUUUCUUUAGCAGAACAGGUAUAGGCAAAAGUUACUUAGUGUCGUUUGUCACAUAUGCAGUGAACGUGGCUUUCAAUGUACCGGGGCUUUUUUUAGUUGAAUAUGUUGGCAGAAGAAAGCUGCUGCUAUUUGGAGGUGUCAGUAUGGCGAUAUCAAAUUUUAUUAUUGCAAUCGUAGGCUGCUCUACAAAUUCUGUGGUAGCUAACAAGGUUAUGGUUGUAUUCGUUUGUUUCUUUAUUGCAUCAUUUUCGGCUACAUGGGGUGGUGUUGUAUGGGUAAUUUCUGCAGAAAUGUAUCCAUUAGGAGUUAGAUCUAAAUGUGCUGCUAUAUGUGCUGCGUCAAAUUGGCUGGUAAAUUUUGUGUGUGCCUUAAUAACGCCUUAUUUAAUCGAUACCGGCUCACAUACAUCAACUUUGGGUACCAAGAUCUUCUUCAUCUGGGGUAGCCUAAACGCAAUCGGUGUUUUGGUGGUUUACCUAACUGUAUAUGAAACUAGCGGUCUAACUCUAGAGGAAAUCGACGACCUUUAUCGUUUAUGCCCGAACAGUUUCUCAUCAUAUACCUGGAAUAGUGAAAUCAAAGUUUCGCCCAGCCAAUACCGCCUGAGUAAGAGUUCAGCGGGUAUUACCACCAAACACUCCAUUACACAGAGCACCAGCCAAUGUACGGUACAAUACCUAACUGGUCGCAAUAUAACAGCAAGUGGCGAUCGUUAUCAGUCUAGCUCGGCUGAUACCAAAUUCGAUGGUUCGGUGUCAUCUUCUGCACUACAAGCAUACAUGGACUUGGGAAACGGUCUCGGACUAGCCACUUAUCAUCGUUCUCCCCCAUCUGUGGUAACAGAGUUCAGUGAAGAUGAACAAGACAGUGAUAUGAAUCAUAUGACUGGUCUUCACAGAGGCACAGACCCUGCAUCCCAAAGCAUAAAUGCAUACAUGUCACAGUUAGUAAACAAAAGCGCAUGCUGA